AUUCCUUUGCGCAAGAAUCUCUAUUGGAAGUUGGAACAGUAGGAUUCCAGACGACCCACAAAGUCGCCUACUUCUACUGCAAAUUCCAGGAAAACCCAUCAAGUCCUUCUUCCUUCGUCUCCCAAAUUCGAUUGAAUGAAACUCGAUUCGAUUUUCAUGUGUAUGCAAUUAUAGUGAACAGUAGAGUCUAGCAGAAGCUCUCUUGUUCAAGCAUUUGUUGCAGAUUGAUCGCCAGCUACUACUACUUCCUCUAUUUGCAGUCUCUGUAUUCUCAAGUAAUAUUGAUCAGCUCUCACUUUUCUUCCUUUCUUUCCUCCUUUUCGGCUUAUGUUCCUUGAGUUCUUGGAUUCAUCAGAAUAAUCUGGAUUUAGCCCCCCUUUUCGACGUAUCUAAUAUGCUUCUUGAAAUUUUGAAGAUUUUUGAAUUUUUUUAAUAGUCGACUGUGAGAUCCUGCAUAAGCUCUUUUGUUCAGGCUCUUGUAGCAGAUUGAAUUGUUCUUGCUUUCUACUUCAGUCGGGUGGGUCAGUUUUAAUUGUUAUUAGUUCAAUACUUUUCGUCUCGAAAUUCGAUUUGAUGAGCUUUAUGGAGUCAGUUUCAUGGUUCUUCGAGUGAUCAAAUGCUUGCUAGACUUAAGCAGGGAUGGUUAGAAUGUUAAUUAUGGAGAGUGGGGAUAAGAUUUCGUCAUCCUUGAGCUUUGCCUCAUCUUCAUAUGCAUCAAAUGGGUGCAGUGGCCACAAUCUAUCAGCCCCCUCUAGCUCUGAACCUGGAGCAAAUCUUGAAAAUGUGAGUUUAAGCAAGCUUAGUGGGAGUCUUGAAAGGCUAUUGCUUGAUGCGGAAUAUGACUAUACCGACGCAGAGAUCGUGGUUGAGGGUGUCCCAAAGGGUGUGCAUCAGUGUAUUUUGGCUGCUCGAAGUCAUUUUUUUCACGAGCUUUUUAGGAAGGGUAAUGACGGUUCAAAGGAAGAAGGUAAACCGAGGUACCUUAUGUCUGAUUUGGUGCCUCAUGGACGUGUUGGAUUUGAAGCCUUUAAUGUUUUCUUACAUUAUAUAUAUACCGGAAAGCUUAAUCCCUCUUCACCAGAAGUGUCGACAUGCGUAGACGACUAUUGCGUUCAUGAUGCUUGUCUUCCUGCUAUUAACUAUGCUCUCGAAUUGAUGUAUGCUUCCGCCACAUUUCAGGUGAAAGAGCUUGUUCUACUUGUUCAGCGCUAUCUCCUGAACUUCAUUGAGAAGGCUCUACCAGAAGAUAUCAUCCCAAUUGUUAUAGCUGCUUUUCACUGCCAACUGAACCUCCUUCUUUCUCAAUGUAUCCAAAGAAUAGUGAGGUCAGACCUCGACAAUAUAUGUCUAGAGAAAGAGCUUCCUCAUGAAGUUUUCGACGAAAUUAAAUCGCUUCGCAAAUCUCUGGAAGAUCCUGCAAGUAUUGUUCCUGAAGUGGAUCCCGUGCACGAAAAGAGAAUCAGGAGAAUCCACAGGGCUUUGGAUUCUUAUGAUAUCCCACUGUUGAAGCUUCUCCUGGAUGAAUCGUAUGUCAGUCUAGAUGAUGCUUAUGCUCUCCACUAUGCUGCUGCCUACAGUGAUCCUAAGGUUUUUAAGGAGGUUCUGGCUCUAGGCCAGGCUGGUGUUAACAUCAGGAACUCCCGUGGACAGACGGUGCUCCAUGUGGCUGCUAGGCGUAAGGAGCCAUCGGUGCUACUAGCCCUGCUGAGUAAUGGUGCUUGUGCAUCAGAAGCUACAUUGGAUGGACAAACUGCCGUGGCAAUUUGUCGAAGGUUGACUAGGCCAAAAGACUACAAUGAGGGCAUGAAGCGGUGCAAAGAGUCAAACAGAGACCGGCUGUGCAUUGAUCUACUAGAGAGAGAGCUGCGAAGGGAUUCAAUGUCUGGGAACAUGUCAACCUCAUCAUCAGAAGUGAUAGCUGAUGAUUUACAAAUGAGGCUGGACUACCUAGAAAAUAGAGUGGCAUUUGCAAGGUUAUUCUUCCCAACCGAAGCCAGGUUAGCCACGGAGAGUGCUGUUGCAGAUUCAACUCCUGUGUACACUGGCCUACUGGCUUCAAAAUCAAAAGGUUCAAGUGGGAAUUUAAGGGAGGUUGAUCUGAAUGAAAUCCCUUCAAUGCGGACCAAAAGACUGCAAAUGAGAAUGCAAGCCCUUCGUAAAACAGUGGAAACAGGUCGGCGGUACUUCCCCCACUGCUCAACAGUACUUGAUAACUAUGUGGACGACGAUAUGCCUGAUGUUCUGUACCUUGAAAAGGGCACUAUAGAAGAGCGGGAAGUUAAGAAGACGCGUUUCGUGGAACUUAAAGACGAAGUGCAGAAGGCAUUCUACAAGGACAUGGCCGAGAAUAGUCGGCCAGGUUUGACAUCCUCCUCGUCAUCUUCAUCAACUCUGAGGGAGGCUAUGAAUCACAAGGUUAGGAGAAACCGAGAAAGCAACCUACACAGAAUAACUAUGUCUCGUUUUCAUAAAAAUGUUGAAGGUCUAUAGGGUUUUGGAGUAUGAAGAACCUGAUUUCUCUGUAUUACAGCAUUAGUGAUGUCUUUUCCUCAAGUGUGUUGUCUUCAAUACAAUCUUACCACAUAAAAAAAAAACUCUCACAUCCUCUCUACUCUCAUUACCACUGUGUUUACAUUUUGUAGUUUUGAUUUGUUUUUAUUAUGCUCUGAAAUUUUUUUUAUCAAUGAAGGGAUAUAUUUGAUAAAAA